AAAAAUAUACGAGUAAUUUUUAUGGAGGCUCUAAUUUUUCUACAAAGCUAAGUUCCGGUCAGGCAGGCAGCUAGUCCUUCCCGGCCGAUAAAGAGUGUAGUUCGGCGAUAAUUGAUCGGAAAGUGUGGACUUAUGUUCUGAGGUUGUUUGAAUUUAACUAACAAAAUAGAGGGAAGAGAUUGUGGAAUUCAAAAGUCAAACAGAUUAAAGUUUAAAGUGAGCAGUGAGAACAGUGUCAGGUUGGCUGGUGGUUUGUAUCUUUCUUAAGUUGCAAACAAUCCGGGAUGGAAUGACUGAAAUUCUUGUGUGAAAUUCCUCGUCGAUUUCUGUUCCCCCAGAUCCAUUCUCAGGCAAGCUUUGAUUAUUGUCCGAGAGGUGAAAAUUGGAUAUAUGCGAAAAGUGCAGACUUUUCUAGGAUUGAAGAGAGAUAUGGAGAAGCUAUCGCUAAUCGAUGGCAACAUUUCUGAGAAUUCAAGGAAGAAUUCGACGGACCAUUCUGGUACUAAUAUCAUCCUUAACCACAACUUCUCUGAAGGGAUGAAUUUAUGGCACCCCAAUUGCUGUGAAGCCUUUGUGGUUCCAGCAGACACAGGAAGUUAUGCUGUUAUUACUAAUCGCAAGGAAUGUUGGCAAGGCUUGGAGCAAGAUAUUACCAAAAGAGUUUCUACAGGCUCCACUUACACAGUUUGUGCUUUUGUUGGAGUCUCGGGAGCAAUUUCAGGUUGUACUGAUGUCCAGGCUACGCUGAAAGUAGAAUAUCGAGAUUCAGCUACUAGCUAUGUCUUUAUCGGAAGACGACCUGUUUCUAAAGACUGUUGGGAAAAACUGGAAGGCACAUUUUCACUCUCUGGUACACCUGAUCAGGUUGUAUUUUAUCUGGAAGGACCUUUACCUGGUGUAGACCUACUUGUAAAAUCAGUUGUGAUCACCUGUUCGAGUUCCUUAAAAUGUGAAAGUUCUAGCACACAUUCUUUCUCUGCUGGAGAAAGGAAAGUGUUCAGCCCCAUAUUUGAGGAUAGCCCGAAUAACUGGUCAGGGAGAGGCUGCAAGAUUGUUCUGCAUGAAUCUAUGGCAGAUGGGAGAAUCCGUCCAGUGUCCGGAAAUUCUUUUGCACGUGCAACGGAGAGGACACAGAUCUGGAAUGGAAUUCAGCAAGAGAUAACGGGAACAGUACUGCGAAAGCUUGCCUAUGAAGUUACUGCUGUAGUUCGUUUAUAUGGAAACAAUGUCACUAGUGCAGAUGUUCAGGCAACACUGUUGGUUCAGGGAGCUGAUUUCCGUGAAGAGUACAUAGGCAUUGCAUCUGUACAGGCAACAGACAAGGAAUGGACACAGUUACGAGGAAAGUUUCUUCUAAAUGGUUUCCCAUCUAAGGUAGUUAUCUUUUUGGAAGGCCCACCUCCAGGCACUGACAUUCUCCUUAAUAGUUUAACCGUGAAACAUGCAGCUAAAGUUCUUCAAUCCCCUCCACCAAGGAUUGAGAAUGCAGAUUUUGGUGGCAAUGUUAUCACAAAUACCAACCUUAAUGAUGGGACAAAUGGGUGGUUUCCCGUUGGAAACUGCACCCUGAUUGUCGGAACAGGCUCACCACGUAUAAUUCCUCCAGCGGCUAGAGAUUCUCUUGGAACUCAUCUACCUUUAAGUGGUCGCUACAUUCUUGUGACAAAUCGUACACAUACAUGGAUGGGUCCUGCUCAGAUGAUUACAGAUAAAGUAAAACUCUAUUUGACGUAUCAGGUGUCUGCAUGGGUUAGAAUUGGAAAAACAACAGGUGCUCAGACUGUAAAUCUUGCCCUUGAUGUGGACAGCCAAUGGGUGAAUGGGGGCCAUGUUGAGAUUAAUGAUGAUAGAUGGCAUGAAAUUUCUGGAUCUUUCAGAAUUGAGAAAGAACCUGCUAAGAUAAUGGUUUACAUUCAGGGUCCUGCUCCCGGUGUUGACUUAAUGGUUGCUGCACUUCAUGUUUUUGCAGUUGAUAGAAAGGCACGGUUUGAACACUUAAGGAGAGAAACCGAUAAGAUACGCAAGCGUGAUGUUAUCUUGAAAUUCUCCGGAUCAGACAGUUUGCAUGGAGCUGCUGUGAGAGUAAGGCAAACUCAAAAUAGCUUCCCAUUCGGGUCAUGCAUUUCGAGAGGAAACAUAGACAAUGAAGACUUCACUGAAUUCUUUGUCAAAAAUUUUAAUUGGGCUGUGUUUGGGAACGAGUUGAAGUGGUACUCGACAGAACCAGAACAAGGAAAGCUCAAUUAUAAAGACACAGAUGAGCUCUUGGAGUUUUGCACGAGAAACAACAUUCAAGUCCGUGGUCAUUGUAUCUUCUGGGAGGUGGAGGAUGUAGUUCAGUCAUGGGUACGCGGUUUGAGCAAGAGUGACCUGUCAAAAGCUGUUCAAAACCGCAUAACAGGCCUGCUCACACGGUACAAGGGAAAGAUCAAACACUACGAUGUGAAUAAUGAGAUGAUGCAUGGCUCAUUCUAUCAAGAGCGACUGGGUGAAGAAAUCAGAGCAAACAUGUUCAAGACUGCAAACCAGCUUGACCCAUCUGCUGUCCUCUUUGUCAACGAUUACCAUAUUGAAGAUGGUGGCGACAGUCAGUCAUGCCCAGAUAGGUAUAUCGAGCACAUUCUUGAUCUCCAGGAACAAGGGGCGCCUAUUGGAGGCAUAGGCAUUCAGGGACACAUAGACUGCCCAGUUGGGCCAAUUAUUCAUUCCGCUCUGAAUAAACUGGGAAUUCUCGGACUCCCAGUCUGGUUCACCGAAAUAGAUUUCUCUUCAACUAACGAAUAUAUUAGAGCAGAUGAUUUAGAAGUUAUGCUUCGGGAAUGUUUUGCCCACCCUGCUGUGGAAGGCAUAAUGCUAUGGGGAUUCUGGGAGUUAUUCAUGUCCCGAGAAAACUCCCAUCUAGUGAAUGCUGAAGGCGAUCUCAAUGAAGCUGGCAGACGAUACCUUGCGCUUAAAGAAGAAUGGCUGUCCCAUUCUCAUGGACAUAUUGAUGACCAGGGACACUUCUCCUUCAGAGGAUUCCAUGGAUCAUAUGAACUGGAAAUCACUGGCAUGUCAAAGAGAUUUACCAGGACAUUUGUUGUUGAAAAGGGUGAUGAUCCUCUUGUAAUCUCCAUUGAUCUAUAGUUCUUCACUACCCACUUUCAAGGCCUUGUAUGAUAAAUCUUCUUCUUUAUCAUUAAUUAUGCCUUUAAACAAAAUGUUUAUGUUGUAUAUACUCUAAACUUAUGAUUUUAGAACUGAAUAAAGGGCAUCUCACAUCUUUGUUUUUGUA